UUGACAGGUCACCAGAGUGCCGUCUACAGUGGAGGAGAAAUUAAAACUAAAGCUUGUCGCCGAGAGUCUCUCUGACUAUUACUGAAAAAUUGAUUUGCUUCUGUUGAUUCUGCAUUACACAGCAGUUAGACAAUCAAAGGAUGUAGCUAUAUUUAACAGUAAUUUACGCCUUGAAGCCUUUCCACUCGAGCCGAUAAUGCUUAAAACGAAGCUGCCCAUGAGAACCGCGGAGGCAGGAGAUGAUACGGCCGAGGAACAGCCGGAUCUCCAUAUUCCCAGAUCGGUCUCUCCCACGAUCUCGGACAGGCUCGAAGAUUCAUCCAGACACCCAGGAUAUCCAUCUCAAUUGGACAAAGAGACCGUUUUCGAGUGGUUUGGUUUGCAUCUAAAUCCUGCCAAGCGGAUCGAGUUAAUGUGCGGACUGCUGCAUAUGUGCCAGCCGCUCGAACUCCGGUUUUUGGGCUCCUGUCUGGAAGACUUGGCACGGAAAGAUUACCAAAUUCUACGGGAUGUCGAGAUCAGGGCGAACUGUCCGAAUGAUUUGGGCAUUUUAUCUGAUGUUAUCGACCCGGUCGUGCGCUCCAAACUGCUGGUCUGCUUGUCCCUUCUGCGAUCUGACAGCAGGGAGUGUGCGGGAAUACUAUUUCGGAUAUUGAGCCAUAUGGAUCCCGCCUUGUUCUACAAAAACUAUCCCGGUUACUCUGUUUCUCCCUUCAGGGACCCGCUCCAUCCUUCGUGUGUGGACGGGAAAGCGUUCAGGAGAACAGAGCAUAUUUGCGGGCGUCCAAUGGAGGCAGCGGUCGGACCCUUGGAGCAGUUGGCGCUGCUUUUUACUAUGGCCUCAUUGCACCCAGCGUUCCCUUUUCAUCAAAGAGAAACCCUUCUAGUGCAGCUGGACAAAAUCGAACUUGCCACAGAAGAUAGACAGCAGAAUCAGUACAGAAUAAACGCCCAGAAAGCAGAGUACCUGGGCCCAGCUGCCGUCACCACUGAAGCCAGUCUGGAUGAGAGGACACAGGGGCAGAGACAAUGUGCCAGCCAGACACCCCCCAGCUGCACGACCCAGCAAGGAAGCAGAACCCAGAGGGAAGCUGUACAUAUAGAGAAGAUUGUACUGAAGAGGAUGUCACAGAGCAGGACAGACAGGGAAUACAAUUUUGAGGUGAAGUGGUCUGACUCCUCAUCCAGCAAUGUCAGGAAAACACAGCUUGAACUGGAGGGCUUCUUGUUGAAGCUUCCCAAGGAGCACUCCACCGAGUCGUUUGAGAAGGGCAUCCUCCGGCUGCUCAACCAGGGAGACAAGUACGAGAGCAAGGGGGUGGAGACGAACCUCAAGGAGAAGUUUCUGUCGGCUCCACAAGCUUUCCGACAGACAAGGAAGGUCUGUGGCUUCUUCCUGUGUGAGUCCUCCUCUUCCUCCUCCUGCAGCUGCAGCAGAUGUAACCCUGCAGCCCUGGGGAAGCCCUUCAAAGAGGACGGUUCUGAGGCAUCCAGCCAAGAGGAAGUUAUGUAUUUGGAUCCGUACGUUCAGGGACACCGGAAGAAACAUGUCAGCAAUAGCCCCUGCCUUAGCAUUCCCGAUGCCAAAAGUUCCCAGGGCGAGAGCAUUCGGAAGGGGUCACACAGCUCGAAGCACAACAGCCUGCCUGACUGGAGGAGGAAGACCUGCACGCUUCAACCCGACCAGGAGGCCUCUGGGGGGCCAGGCCCAGAGCAGCAUCAGGAUAGUGAGAAGAGGGGCAACCACCCUGCCAGCAUGAGGCAGCCACUGGGACCAGACAGAUGGGAUAGGGCAGUGUGCAGAGUGAUGGCGAUUGCAUUGUCUGUGGAUCUGUUGGGGCGGGAAAAGGGGAAGAAAGCAUACUUGGCAAAUGGGAGCAUGGUGCCACCAGCAUCUCAGCGAGCGCGACAGUCGACAGGGAAAGAUGGAGACUCCAGUCAGGAGGUAUACGGCGAAACCUCGUCUGAGAGCUACAGCUCGGCCUCCAGCCCCCAGCACCACAAAACAGAGAGCCUGGACAGCGAGGACGAGAAGGAUAAAGAUACAGGCAGUAGCCAGGGCCCAGCAGACGCCUUCUUCCCCUGGCAGGAGGUUGUAAAUGGGGCCAUGCCCCCCAUCCACCACCUGGUCUCUGCCAAGCCUGUCGGAGAGCCCCCCAGCCUUGACUAUCCCCCAAACACCUUCAUGCACCCCCUGCCCUGCAUAUUGCCCAGCGGGGCACUACCUGCCGAUGCCCCUCUGCCAGUCAUGCCCCCCCAGGUGGCAGCUGCCCUGGUAGACAACAAGGUGGUCGGAGGGCUGAUCAUGCAGGUGCCCCUGGUCCUCCGAGAGCCCAUGUCCACCAACGUGCCAGGGGAUCCAGAGCAGAGGGAUGCUACUGCUGCAGUGCCCAUGGUACUCCCAGGGUUUGGCUCCCUAGCCCUGGGCGUACACCCCCCUGGCAGCCCUGCCCUGCUUCCCCUGGCCCAGCACUUCAAGACAGCCCCUCCACAGACCACUGCCAGCUCUGAGGGUGUAACCACCCUCCCUGCCCACCAGCCCCUGGUGGAAGCUAUCAGUGUCAUCACCCCCGGUCCGCUCUAUGCCUCACCCCUGCAGCCUGCCUACUCCAACCCAGACCCUGCCUCCCCCCUAACCCCCUCCGUACCCCUGGGGGACCUUAGCAUCCCUCACACCAAGCACCCAGAUGUGUCUCUUUUCUCGGGCCUGCCGUCCCUGUACACUAUGGACCCCAUCCCCACUUCCGUCAUGGCAACGCUAGGGGUAGCGCCUUCCCCUGGACAGGUUCAGGCGGUGGUGCCCCCGUCCGUACCCACCCACACCCCCGGCCCAGCGCCCGGCUCAACCCAGACCGACUCCACCUCUUACGUCAACAGCACCAGUAACUCCGUCGCCCAGCAACAGGCGCAACCACAACAUCAACAACAACAGCAGCAGCAGACGACUCACCAGCAACAGGUCAUGUGCUGUGGGGCGUGCGGUUGCCGAGGCGGCUGCGGCAACAGCCGUACAGCGCCAUCGUUUUUCUUCCCCCACCAGAUGGCGCCACGGCAGGUGUUUGGUGCGCCGCCUAUCUUCCAGUUCACGUCCCUGUGCACCAGCAACUACCUCAGCCAGCCGCCCCCGCAAAGUAACGGCCAGGCCCAGCUGACAUUCUUCCCCCCCGCACCUUACGCUGGCCAGACCCUGCUGCACACCCACCCUCACUCUGACCUGGGCACCCAGCUAGGCUAUAGCCUCCAACAGAUGGUGUCGCCCUUCAACCGUUUCUACCCGCACAUGUACCCCUCCAGCGUGGGUAUGGUGCCCGGUUCGGGAGGCCUGGGGGGAGCGGUCGGCGUCAACAAGAACAACGGCAACGUCUCCUGCUACAACUGUGGGGUCAGUGGGCACUACGCACAGGACUGCAAACAGCCCUCCGUUGAUUCAACACAGCAAGGCAGCUUUCGGCUGAAGUACGCCACCUCCCACUCUUCCGAAGGACUAGACAACGCUAGCUGAACACGUCUUUUCGUUCCGCCAUCUUGUUCCUUGUCACGAGCGGUCCGAGAGGACCCUCCGUUUCAAGAGGGUUUCACGCUGAUGUUUUUCAGUCAUUGUCAUUGUUGGUUUGACCUUUUUGAAGAGCAUGUGCGAGGAGGGUCCUGAGUACUUGUGGCGGAGACAUCCUCUACGUCCCCGUCACAGCUGAGAGUGAAGCUGUCUUGUUUCCAUAGAGACGCAACCCCCCCACUGAUCCCUUAGAGGCUUUUGGUAUUUUGCACUGAAAACUGGCACAAGACAGCAAGCAGCUCAUGUUCACUAACUUAUUUUUUAUAUUCGAGUGUGGGAGCUUGGGAAAAUGACACCACGUCUAUUAGAGUGUGGGAGCUUGGGAAAAUGACACCACAUCUAUUAGAGUGUGGGAGCUUGGGAAAAUGACACCACGUCUAUUAGAGUGUGGGAGCUUGGGAAAAUGACACCACGUCUACUAGAGUGUGGGAGCUUGGGAAAAUGACACCACGUAUCCUAGAGUGUGGGAGCUUGGGAAAAUGACACCACGUGUCCUAGAGUGUGGGAGCUUGGGAAAAUGACACCACGUAUCCUAGAGUGUGUGAGCUGGGGAAAUUAUUUUAUUCUCUGAAUACAUGGGGAUCCUACGUGAUCUCAAUGAGAGUUUUCUAUAAUUUGGUUUUUACAGCGGUAUAUUUAUGCCUCCUUACUGUUAUUUGACAAGGAUUUGUAUUGUUUAACUGUACAGCUAUGAAAGAUAAGUCCAAAACAAAAAAGUUAAUGUAAAAAAAAAAAAGCUGGGGUAAUUUUAAUGUUUUUUGCUGCAGUGUUUAUGAAUGUACAACAUAUUUCGUUUUUUUUUGUUUUAAUGUAAGGAAUCUGUCAGUAUCGAAAAGAUGUUUCUUAACGCAUUUGCCACUUGAUUUAAUGUGAAGCGCAGAGUAAAACGUUUUAUAUCAUAUCUGUCAUGUUGAAGUUCAAUGCUGCUGGGUGUUUAUUUUUAGUUAUAAUCUUUGACAAUAUGCACUAUAACUACCAGGAAUUCUGAAGUUUCUCAAGUGCUCUGAAGCAGUCCAAGAAGAACUAGAGCCAGUUGUUAUUGCAACAGUGAAGCUCUGGACAAGACACUGGUGUCCCCUCCAUCCAGUAUUCUCUUGGAAAUGCUGUGCUGCCCUGCAGAGUCGGGGCCACUAUUUGGCUCCUACUAUUGAUAACACUGUUCUCCUCUGAAAACAACUAUAUUUUCUUUAGCCGUUUCUACAGGACUGUGGUGGCCAAGGCAGAUAUCAUGUAACUUUUCUGGAGACUCGUGUUUAUUCCCACUUCUUCAUUUAAUGCAGCAGUGAGAUCUAUGGCAUAUGUUUGGUACAUUGGUAAAUGUACCAACAAAAUAAAAAUAAAAAUGCACAUACACACUA